GCUAAACCAGAAUAGCACCAUCAGCCGCCGCCAAUAUGGGCGCAGACCUCAAGAACACCACCGCGCCGCAGACAAAGUACAAGCCAUGCUGCGUCUGCACCGACCAGAAGGCAAAGCGUGACGAGUGCAUGCUCUUCUCGACAUCGGACGAUCCCCAGAAGGAGUGCGCCGACCUCGUCUCCCAGUACAAGACGUGCAUGGCCGGCUACGGGUUCAAGAUCUAGGGCAGCCAACGGGGUGUACCACAACGAAUUGUAAAGCACUGUACAACACACAGCACGAUGGCAUCCAGCAUUGAACAUUCGCUGUAUAUAUACAAUGUACAACCUAAAUCUUCCC